AUGAUUUUAAUAGGUGAUGCUGAUGAAGAAUCUACUGAAUUUAACAUAAACAAUAACGAUAUACAUGUUGAAGAUGCAUUUUUCAAAGAUAUUAUUGAAGAGGAUGAGCAAAUUUCUUCGACAUCCCAGUCGAAUGAUAAUGAAGAAGCAAAACAUUUUGAAUCAAAAGAUGAAGAUGAAUUAAGCUGCAUAGAAGUAAAAUCUCCUUGUGGCGCAAAAACAAUUGAGUGGAUCCCAAGAGUUGAUGAAUCAUUCCUGCCAAAGAAAGAUAUGGUGUUUUACAAUACAAGAGCAAGCAAAGCAGAUAGCAUGGUUACUGGUUUAAAGGGUGGUUACAGUAAACAAGGUGCAAAGAAAAUCGACUACAAAAAUUUUUCAAGAGACUUAAACUGCUAUAUAGGAGAUAGUGAUGAUGAUGAGCUAAGGGCACUGUUUUGGGCAGAUGCAAUUGCAAAAAGAAACUACAAAAAAUUCUCUGAUGUGGUAUCAUUCGAUGCUACAUACAAAACAAACAAAUAUAAUAUGAUCUUUGUUCCAUUUACUGCAAUUGAUAACCACAAAAGAUGUGUCACAAUUGGUGCUAGUUUGCUAGCUAGAGAAACAACGGAAUUCUAUACAUGGCUUCUCAAAUGCUUUCUCAAUGGCUUUGAUGAAAGCAUUGAACUUUUGGGAUCUGUUUAUAUAAUUGUAUACAAAGCUGUAUACGGACAUGUAUACAUGCCUGUUUCUGCAAAACUAAUAAAUGAGACUAACUUUAGAAAAAGAAUGCAAGGUCUAAUUUGGAAUUCUUGUAUUGAUCCGGAUAUAUUUGAAGAAAAGUGGAAGUAUCUAAUAAAAAGAUAUAAACUAGAAGAUAACAAAUGGCUGAAAGAGAUGUAUAAUAUUCAAACAAGUUGGAUUGCUGAUUAUUUUAGAGACACUACACUGUCAGGUCUGAUGAGGAGAACAUCAAGAUCAGAGAGUGUAAAUAGCUUCUUCAAAAGAUUUAUGUCAAAAGAUUCAAAUCUAAUUAUGUUCAUGUGCAAAUUUGAAUCUGCAAUGGAUGAGCAAAGAAAUCUUCAAUCAACAAAUGACUUUAAUUCCAAAAAUAAAAACCCACCAAUUCAAACAAAUCUUCAAUUUGAAGUACAUGCAUCAAAGUUCUACACACUUAAUAUAUUCAAAUUAUUUCAAAAAGAAAUAAAAGAUUCUAUCUGGACAUGCUCAGCCACACCAUAUGAGAGAGUUCAAGAUCAUGACACAUACUUUAUUAUUGAGCAAAUAAUGGAUGAAGAUAUACAAAACAGAAGUGUGUUCUUCAACAAAAAUUCAUAUAUUUUCAAAAGUGACAACAGAAAGCAAUUUCAAUACCAGGUUAAGGUAUUUCCAAAUGAAGAAACAUAUAAAUGUUCUUUCCUGGUAUUCGAGCAUAAUGGAAUUUUGUGCAGGAAUAUACUAUGUGUUAUGAGAUCAAAUUUUGUAAAAAGUAUACCAUCAAAGAAUAUGCUGAGAAGAUGGAAGGAAAGUAUAAUAAGACCUAACGAAUUGAUAAAAAGUCAUGGUAUUGCUGACAAUAUUAGUGGAUGUGAAAGAAUGAUACAAGAUGCAUAUUCUAUAGUCACAGAAUGUAUCAAUAUUAUUGGACAUGAUGCUGAAGCAAUGACUCAGUUUCUUCAAUGGCAAAAAGAAAUUCUAACCAAAGUUGAAUCAAAUCCACCAAAGAAUUUUUGGGACUGA